AUGGAGCUGAAUGUUGACAUUAAAGAUGAAGAAGAGGAGGAGAAGAUUGGGAAGUCUGUUAGUCAUGGAGACCAUGUUGAGACAUUCUCUAUAUCCAGAGAGAAACAGCAGGAAGAUCAUGGAGCUAAGAGGUCUCACCGCUGCCCACAUUGUGAUGAGAUUUUCCCAAUUCUAUCAAAGCUAAAAAUACACCUAAAAAUACACACAGGAGAGAAUCCGUAUUCCUGUACUGACUGUGGGAAGAGAUUCACAACAUCAGGGAAUCUGACAGUUCAUCAGAGAGUGCACACUGGAGAGAAGCCUUACUCCUGCCCUGACUGUGGGAAGAUUUUCUCUCGACUGGGCCACUUAAAAAGACAUGAACAUAUACAUACAGGAGUGAAGCCGUACUCCUGCUCUGACUGUGUAAAAUGCUACACAACAUCAACUGAGCUAAAACUUCAUCAGAGAGUGCACACUGGAGAGAAGCCUUUCUCCUGCUCUGACUGUGGGAAGAGUUUCUCUCGACAGGGUUUUUUAAAAGCACAUGAACUUAUACAUACAGGAGUGAAGCCUUAUUCCUGCUCUGACUGUGGGAAGAUUUUCUCUCAACUGGGCAACUUAAAAACCCAUGAACGUAUACAUACAGGAGUGAAACCUUACUCCUGCUCUGACUGUGUAAAAUGCUUCACAACAUCAACUGAGCUAAAAGUCCAUCAGAGAACACACACAGGCGAGAAGCCUUACUCCUGCUCUGACUGUGGAAAGAGUAUCUCUCUACUGUGCAACUUAAAAACACAUGAACGUAUACAUACAGGAAUGAAGCCUUACUCCUGCUCUGACUGUGUAAAAUGCUUCACAACAUCAGCUGAGCUAAAAGUUCACCAGAGAACACACACAGGAGAGAAGCCUUACUCCUGCUCUGACUGUGGAAAGAGUUUCUCUCAAAUGUGCCACUUAAAAAGACACCAAGGUAAACAUAAAGGAGAGAAGCCUAACCACUGAUCUGACUGUAGAAAAUGUUUUAAAACAGCUGAGCUAAAAGGUCAUCAGAGAACAGACACAGGAGAGAAGCCUUACUUCUGCUCUUAAUUUGGCAAGAGUAACUCAAGUAAAAGUCUAAGGUAUUUGGUUGUAAAUAUACCUUAGUAUCAAAAGUAAAAGUGAAUCAUUUAAAAUUCCUUAAAUGAACCUCUACGUGAUGGGUGUCCCUUAACCGGGACAGUUGUUGCUAACGUGCUCCAAUGUGACUACAAUUAUGUUGUAUACAACAGCCAACUUUCCAGGACAUAGACAUGUCUUUAUAUGGGCAGAAAGCUUAAAUUAUUUUUUAUCAAACUGCAGUGUCCAAUUUACAGUAGCUAUUACAGUGAAAAAAUACCAUGUUAUUGUUUGAGUAGAGUGCACAACUUUUAUCAUGGCAACUGGUUUAAUACAUUCACCUCUGAAGGUCAGUAAUGUACUUAUGUUCAGUAAUCUUGCUCUGAUUUGUCAUCCUGAGGGUCCCAGAGAUAAAAUGUAAUAUAGUUUAAUUUGCUAAAAUCUAUUUUUAUGUUCAAAUGUAGGAACUGUGUUCUACAUUUUGAACCCCUUCUGUCUCUGGCACCACACCCACCCUGCCCAGCCAUCUAGAUGUGUGAAAGUUUGUGUAUAAGCUAAUGAUCCAUUAUGUAUGACAUUCCUGGCAGUGUGUAAACUUAAAUGUUUUAUUACCCUAUCAUUUUUGUAUGUUCUCUAUAAUUUUGUACUUAAAUGUAUCAAUUGACCAAUUCAGCACAUUUGGGGAACCUCCUGGCAGACUUGAUACAGUGCAGUAAUGUAAUUCUUUACUGGAUCAGUCAGAACCUUUGCACACUGCUGCUGCCAUCUGGUGGCCAAAAUCUAAAUUACACCUAGACUCCUAUCUGAAAGUAUGGCCUUUCUCUUGCAUUUCAAGGACGAAAAAGAAAAUUACAGGUAUUUUGUUUCUAUUA